CGAUGGUGAGGGCCCGAGGGCCACACGUGGACUUCUGCUGCUGGUCUUAGGCCUCUUAUAACCGGGUAUAAGGUGUAUUAACCCUUUCACGUUCUCAGUCACAUCGUGUGUAUAUAUAGGUGAUGACGCCGCUUCCCAGAACAGCCCCAGGCAGAAGAUGCUGAUAGACUCACCGCGGCCCCAGGGGUAUUACCACUUCGAAUAUCAUCUGCUCCCUGAACACACCGAGCCGACAAAGGUGGACGUGGUGCUGUUCGGUGCCGUGGCCAAAAUCUAUAUGGACCACGAGUCUCGGAUACUGAGGCCGUGGCGGGAGGCCGGCAGGCUCUGGUUACUGUGGAGUCACAGCGUGGAGCUCCGCGUUACCAAUUCCGCCAUCAUGAAAACCUUAAAUCACCAAAUGAAAGUGAAAAUCUGGGACUCCAAGGACAAAGUGUCCCCCCGAGCUCGCUUCGAUAAACCCAAGGCUUUCCGGGUAACGGCGGACAGACACGGAGACACCCCGGACGAAAAACGAAUAAUCCUAAACCAGAGGAAAAUGUUUGAAGACGGGCGGCCCGGGGCGAGUUUUAUGAGACGUCCAGCCGGGAACGUGAGGUCUGCAGGGGGUGACCCCAAACCUCAGGAAUUACCAUCUGUGGCAGAUCCUACAACGAUCCCCCCCAACCAGAGAUCGUUUGCUUUGAAUGAUGAUUUUGCUCACAAGCCGGAGGAAGUAAACGGGAGUCCGGCGGGAACGCAGAGUUUAGAAACGGCUCCCCGGACGUACAGAUUCCAGGCAGCGACUUCGGAGGAGCUCAGAGCGGCCGCUGCGAUAUCAGACGGUACUCGCGGUCGGAGGAAAUCUCUGGAUGCCGUUACACGCGAGGAUCCGGAACGCGAAUGUCUGACGGUGGGCUUCACCUUCAUGCCUUUCCUGGCAGGAGACGUGUCGGUCACGGAACGUUUACGAGAGACGUCACAUAAAGUGCUGGACGGAUACGUGACUUUGGCGAUAAACCCCCCCCUGCUGUCAGAAGAGCAGAGGAUGGAACUCAACCCCCUGGUGAUUCGGAUCAUUUCCGCCACAUCCCUCCCCACGACUCCCACGGCCAUCCGCGUCUUGCAGGAGACGUGCCGUCCCGUUUACUGCCGGUACCGCUUCCACCGUCAGCCCGUUCACCAGACCCACGGCCAAAAGCACGGCACCCACGUUUAUUUCAAAGACGUUAACGUGAUUCUGGCUGGAACCUUUAAUCCGGGCGAGCUGCGGGAAUACCUUUCCGGCCCUCCUGUAGAAAUUGAGGUGCACGAUCGGGACAGAAGGAGCGGGGAACCCCGGAACGAGCCUUCGCUUUACGGAACCGACCCAGAAGACGAAAAACUGAGCAACGUCGGCCUUGUUGAGUCCAGAAGAACCGUUCAUAAUCCCUUCGCCCGGGAGAAACGAGGAUGGGACCCUUACGGUGUCGCCAAGAUUGGACUGUCUGAACUGGUCCACGGGGCCAAAUGCCUAAAUCUAAGGGUACCGAUUCAUAACUGUGCAGCCCCGGACCCCACGGGGUACGUUCCAGACAGCAGGAAUGGCAGGAUAAUUGGCGUUAUGAGGGCAGUGGAUGGUCCCCGUGACGUGCCCCUCCCCCCGGGGCAUUAUGUGGAUGCCCAGUCCCAUCUGAAGGUCCGAGUAGACGUGGCAGCGCCGCUCUCUGUAGAAGGCGAAGCGUCGGAUUGUCCGUACGGCCGCAUCAUCUUCAUGUUUCACUACGAGAACAAAAAGCUUCUUCGCAGCAUUAUCGGAAAAAUCAUGGAAACGAACGUCCGAGGCCUGAAUCCCAGGGAAUCUCCGUGCCGUGACCUUCCCGGGGUCCUGGCCAAAGUGGGCUUAACCGACCAGCAGAAAGAAGACCCCUCGCUGGACGUGAUCACCGGAAUUCAUGUCAUGGACGGAACGUUUCACCUCUUUGUUCUGGAAGGAUUGAAAGCCGGUGGGAUCAGGAAGCUCUGGGAGUCGCUGUCUUCCGGAUUGGGUUGGCUGAUACCUCAUUGGCUCUGCCCUGUGCUCUGGCGAUCGGCCAUUUAUCUGCCCCGCGCAUGUUUACGUUUCAUUCAGAUUGGCAGCGUGGCCGCUGCAGGGUCGGCAGAGGCCACGGCUGUCGUAUUAAAGCUCUGCUGGUCUUCCAGGCGAGUGCCGUGUGAAGAUGGGAAGCUGGCGACGCUCUUUAACUCCCGGCUGACGUUCCGCAAGCGGAUUUACAAAGACCUCGAUGUCCUGCUGACCCACGUCCACCUCCGAGACCACCUGUCCUCCAUUGUGAAGCAGCCUUUGAUCUACGUAAGGGAUAGGGUGCCGAGUUCGGCCCUCAAGGCCCUGUCCAGGCUGGAUUUCAUCUGUGGUGCCAGGAAUCUCACGGAUGUUUUCCAAAGCGACCUGCUGCCCUCGGCGGACAUGGUGCGGGCUCUGAGCUGUGAGUUCGGGCUUCCCGUGUCCCUGACAGAUGUGUUUUCCGUGGCUGAAGAUCUGUUCCCUGAGAACAAGGAAAUUUCACAAGACGGAGGCAAGCGGCCGGACAUUAAAACACGGACCCCGUGCCGCUCCCUGGAUAACUACAACGCGGAAUACAUCAAGUGGAAGCGGAACCAAGUCAGCCACAGAGACCACAUACAGAGUAAUGUGGAAAAUCUCCUCGAACUGAGCCAAAAAAUCCCAAAAAUAAAAGCCGAGUACGUGGUACCAGUGCCCGGAGACGUGGCGACAGCUCACAAUUACAGCUCUCAGACCUUCAACUCCACCGAAAUCGCCCACCGAGUUCUACGCCAAGCGAUGGCCGCGGAGCCAAAGCAGCGGUUUACAUACUCGCCGGGCCGUCAGUCGGCUGCCGUCAGCCCCGUGGACAUCAAAGAGCAAAGGAAGCUCCUGGCAGCCAAAUCCAAGGAGACGUGGCUGACGGCCGCGGGGUUCGAAUAUCCUGGAUUCCGAAGCAGCACAGAAAGCAACGAACACCCGAAAAAACCCCACGCCGCUCGCAUUGCGGAAUUAGGCAAGGUCUGGAAGGAAAAUAUUCUGCACGCCAAUACGCUACAGCCCACACUCACUCGGGACAGAUGGAGUUGGGGACGGCGGCGCGGAGACUUUGACCUCUACGGGAAAUACCAGGACGCGUUUUCUUUCUUAGCUUCAGGGGCCGUUCACCUGGCAGGUGAGACGCCGGAGGGAGAGAGGUUGGCAUCCGAAGACGAGCAUCCGAAGAUGAAGUUUUACCGCCGUCUGCCCCAAACUGAGUUGGUAUCGCGGGGGCCGAAGGCCGGUGAUCAGCAAAGCAAACUGUGCGGGCUCCUUAAAGACGCCGCGGACAAGCUGUCUCUGUGCCGGCCAGGACUGGCCCUCGAGCCGAUCCCCGCUUUGGCGGUCCUGCGUGGCACCGGCGACAGCGGAAUCUGCAGCGGAUUUGCCCCGGGCGAGGAAACUAAAGGCAGCCUGAAGAUGGACAGGAAUACGAUCCCCCGGCGCAGCGCACGACCGUUUCAGCGAACGAGCGUCAGCGAUUUCAGCUUGCACGCGAACGGCCGCUCCACGAUGUAAAGGAAGAAACACGUCGCUGCUGAAGCUUAACACGGCGCAUGCGCAGCCUGGGAAACCCGCACCAGAAGCUUCGCGUUUGUUCUCCAUCACCCGCGUCCGAAAUAGAAUCUGCGCGCCAGGAUCGUUUGUUGUCAUUUAUCGAUUAAAGUGAAAAUUAAACUGAAUCAAUGAACAAAAACUAAGCAGAAA